AUGGCAAGUCAAGGCGAUGGCGAACGAGCCGAUGGUCGUCGUGGCUCUCGCAUCUCCAGAGCUUCUCUAAAGGAGGAUUAUGCUCAGCUGGACGAGUACGGAAAGCUCGUCAAGUACGUGUCGACUUUCCAGAAUGCCGAUGCCAACCUGGAAGAUCAAGGUGAUUACGAGGAGAAACGCCUCUGGUAUGCCCCAUGGAAGAAGCGCAAAGUCCGCGUCAAGUCAGUCGAAGAAAGUGCGGGUAUGUAUCCUGACGACUGGCUCAUCACCGAUAUUCGCGAGGGUCUAUCCAGUGAGGAUGUGAAUGUUCGCCGUCGCCGCUCUGGCUGGAAUGAAUUGGUUUCAGAGAAGGAGAAUCCUAUUGCCAAGGUUCUGUCCUACUUCCGUGGUCCCAUUCUUUACGUCAUGGAGCUGGCAGUUUUGCUAGCUGCUGGUUUGGAUGACUGGGUUGACUUCGGUGUCAUCAUCGGCAUCCUCGCUUUGAAUGCUGCUGUCGGUUGGUAUCAAGAGAAGCAAGCGGCUGAUGUCGUUGCCAGUCUGAAGGGUGACAUAGCCAUGCGAGCAAUCGUGAUACGAGACAGCACUCAGCAGGAGAUAUUGGCUCGUGAACUAGUGCCUGGUGACGUGAUCAUCGUGGGUGAAGGUCAAGUCGUUCCAGCUGAUGCCAAGGUUAUUUGUGACUUCAAUGAUCCUCACGGCUGGGAGGAGUUCAACCAACUGCAAGAGCAAGGCAUGCUCGGUGGCGGAUCUGAGUCAGAAGAUGAUGAACCCAAGGAGGGUGAAGCCGAGGGCAAGGAAGUUGGGGAGGGAAACAGUGAGGGCGCCGCAGGCGAGAGCCACAAGCAGAAAACUCGUCGUCGCGGUUAUCCCAUUCUCGCCAGCGAUCACUCUGCAAUUACGGGCGAGUCUCUCGCUGUGGACCGGUACAUGGGUGACAUGAUUUUCUACACAACUGGCUGUAAGCGUGGCAAGGCUUAUGCCGUAGUACAGACCGUUGCAAAGACCUCCUUUGUGGGCCGUACGGCGACUAUGGUGGCCUCUGCUAAGGGCGCAGGUCACUUUGAAAUCGUCAUGGACAACAUUGGAACAUCUCUGUUAUUCCUCGUAAUGACUUGGAUCCUUGCUGCGUGGAUUGGUGGAUUCUUCCGUCAUAUCCCGAUUGCUUCGCCCGGACAACAGACGCUGCUUCACUACACUCUAUCCUUGCUCAUUAUUGGCGUGCCUGUAGGUCUUCCUGUCGUCACUACCACGACCAUGGCUGUAGGUGCUGCCUACUUGGCCAAGAAGAAAGCAAUUGUGCAGAAGCUGACCGCUAUCGAAUCUUUGGCUGGUGUGGAUAUCCUCUGCUCGGACAAGACAGGAACUCUGACAGCCAAUAAGCUCAGUAUUCGUGACCCUUAUGUGGCUGAAGGCGUGGAUAUAGACUGGAUGUUUGCAGUGGCUGUGCUUGCAUCUUCGCAUAAUAUUGAAUCGUUGGAUCCCAUCGACAAGGUUACCAUUCUGUCACUCCGGCAGUAUCCCAAAGCGCGAGAGAUCUUACGCCGUGGCUGGACAACCGAAAAGUUCACGCCAUUUGACCCGGUCUCUAAGCGCAUUGUAACUGUUGCUACAUGCGAUGGAAUUCGAUAUACUUGCACGAAGGGAGCCCCGAAAGCAGUGCUGGCGCUCACGAACUGCUCGCAAGAGGUUCUGGACCACUAUAAGGAAAAAGCCCAGGAGUUUGCCCAUCGGGGCUUCCGCUCACUCGGCGUGGCUGUUCAAAAGGAGGGUGAAGAAUGGAUGCUUCUAGGAAUGCUGCCUAUGUUCGACCCCCCUCGUGAAGAUACUGCUCAGACAAUUAGUGAGGCACAGAAUCUAGGUAUCAGUGUCAAGAUGCUCACGGGCGAUGCCAUCGCUAUUGCCAAAGAAACCUGCAAGAUGCUGGCUUUGGGCACCAAGGUGUAUAACUCGGACAGGUUGAUUCACGGUGGUCUGAGCGGCGCUAUGGCUAGUGACCUGGUAGAGAAAGCAGAUGGAUUUGCUGAAGUGUUCCCUGAACACAAAUAUCAAGUGGUGCAAAUGCUCCAAGAACGAGGCCAUCUGACCGCAAUGACUGGCGACGGCGUGAACGACGCACCUUCACUCAAGAAAGCUGACUGUGGUAUCGCUGUCGAAGGUGCGUCGGAAGCAGCACAGUCGGCAUCGGAUAUUGUGUUCCUCGAACCCGGCCUCUCGACGAUCAUCGACUCUAUCAAAGUCGCAAGACAGAUCUUCCACCGCAUGAAAGCGUAUAUUCAGUAUCGAAUUGCGCUUUGCUUGCAUCUGGAAAUCUACCUAGUGACGUCGAUGAUUAUUCUGAACGAAAGUAUUCGCGUGGAGCUUAUCGUCUUCCUGGCUCUAUUCGCCGAUCUUGCGACUGUCGCUGUGGCAUACGACCAUGCCUCCUUUGAACUACGUCCCGUGGAAUGGCAACUCCCAAAGAUCUGGUUUAUCUCCUCGAUCCUUGGUCUGCUUCUUGCACUGGGUACCUGGGUUGUUCGCGGGAGCAUGUUCCUCAAAUCGGGCGGCAUCAUCCAAAACUGGGGUUCCGUUCAGGAAGUUCUGUUCCUCCAAGUCGCACUCACAGAAAAUUGGCUCAUCUUCGUGACACGCGGCAUUGACACCUGGCCGUCUCUACAGCUAGUCACCGCUAUCCUAGGCGUUGACAUCCUCGCAACGAUCUUCUGUCUGUUCGGAUGGUUCACGAAUGAGGACAUGAAGACCGACCCUGCCGACUCAUUUGUCGAAACCAAAAACGGAUGGACUGAUAUCGUGACGGUCGUCCGCAUCUGGUGCUUCUCGCUCGGCGUGGAGAUUGUCAUUGCACUCGUCUACUUCAUCCUCAACAAGAUUAAAUGGCUCGACAAUCUCGGUCGCCAGAAGCGCAGCAAGGGUGAAAUCAAGAUGGAGAACUUGCUCGGUCAUCUGGCUCGCUUGAAUAUUGAGUACGAAGAACCUGGUAAGCCUCCAGGCCGAUACCAUUUGGCUACAAGUAAGGAGGAGGAAGGCAUGGAGUGA